CUGUUCACCGUUUCACACAUCCCCAAGCACUACUUCUCGUUUAUCUUCCGUUCCUUCUUGUUCAGACGCACAUCUCGUUUUCUGUGGGUCGCUGGGUGUCGAGCAAACCUUUUGCCAAGGCUUUGUAAAAUAUAAUAUAUAUAAUAUUGGAAAGGGGGGCGUGCCGAAUAUAAAAACUAUGAUUGUCAUAUUCCUAGUCGACACCAGUGCGUCGAUGAACCAAAAGUUCUCGAGUGGCAUGUCAGCGUUAGAAUGCACAAAGUCUGGGAUUGAGCACCUGAUCAAGCAUCUGCCACACGUCAAGCCUGCCGAAAAGCACAACGACAAGUUUAUGCUGGUUACAUAUGAGGAGGGCCCUGGGUGCGUCAGGUCGUCUUUGAAAGACCCGCUUCCCCAUCUGAUCAAGGAGCUCAAAAUUCUAAAUGCAACGGACAUGUCCAAUCCAGGAGCAUCUCUCUCGACUGUGUUUGACUUACUCAACGUUUACCGUGUCUACCAUGGUAUCGAUACGCCUGCCAGUGGACGCUUCCCAGCUACAAUCGAGCCCACGAUCAUUCUAUGGUUCACGGACGGAGGAAAACAAUCAUCUCCUGCAGGAGCUUUGGACAGGCUGAAUAUCCCAGGAAUUACAUUCGCAGGAGUCGACUACUACCACGAGCCUUUUCGUUGGGAUCAGAGGCUGUAUACGAUAUUUUUGGAACCCAAUGCCGAAAUGGUCGAUCCUCAGCUCAGUGUUCUCAGCACAGUCAUGGGAGGAACGAGCUAUCGCGUGCGGACAUUAAGGCAUAUGCUCCAAGCAAUGGACUGCAUGCUUGGGAUCAGCAAAAUACCUCCAACCCAAUUCUCUCCUCAAGCCCUCCUCCACAUAUACGGCGUUGUUGUCAACUUUGAAGAUUUGAUCGCGGACCCUCGACGACCCAACACCGCCAACCACCAUCAGCUCAUAUAUGUCAAUCCAAGCUGGCUCAAUCCGCAGUCGCGACACCCUGGCUUUUUCCCAAUUCCUGAACCUUUUUGGCCAGAAUUGGAUGCUCAACGGAUACCUACUCGGAAUGCGCAACCAACACUACAUUACCACACCAAGGAUGAAAAACGCGUUGAUAUUCCCGAAGGUUUCCCAUUCGACAAAUAUGUGGUUGCGCCAUGUCCCAUGACACAAGAGCUCCUUACGCGACCUUCAGAGUCCUGCUGGCCUGUGUAUGUAAAAAACAGCUACAAAACUGAGGGCUUCGGAUUUCCUUUCGCAUUCCUGAGAGCAAAUACGAAUAAGACAGCAGUGACUCUGACAGUGGUAGCCUAUAACUAUCCAGCGCUAUUCACCCUUAUGGUGAACCUUUACUCCCUCCCUGAUCGGACACCGACUCCGGCCUGGCUUCGAGACUUCUCGGAAUAUCUUAGCCAUACACCGUCCUAUUAUUACACUCCCCUACGGAACGCGCUUAAGAGAAUGGGCAUUGUCAAUAUCAUACCAUCCGACCAGGGAAUGCUUAGUCCUGCGGUGCUAAAAAUCAUCAGCAAAAACAAGAUACAGGCCAAAUCUGAAUUAGAUCGGCUCCUGAGUGCAGAGCCAAGUUUAACGGUGGAUCCAGUGGGUCUGAAAAAGAAGACACUCUGCACUAAUGCUUUCGAUGUGCCUCGAUCGGAAUUAAUUUCAGUGCUCAGCGAUCUAAAGCGUUCGUUCUUCAAGGAGCUUCAACUCAGACCAGCAUCAGCAUUGGCCACAUCAUCACCAGACAUGGCUCAGAAAUCAAUAAUCUCAGGAUCAUCACGAGCAAUAGACGCCAGACUUGAUCUUUUCGCAGAUUCUGAUGACCUUCAUUCGCUUCCAAUUGCCGACAUGGGUAUUUACCAGGAUCGUAUGCAGAAGAUCCAACAGGAGAACCUGAGAGACCCUUUCCGAGACGAAGAAUCGGCAAAAUCGCUACAAAGGACUAUGUUCGGCAACCCGUAUAAGCAGGACAAAAAGGUCUCUAUCGAUGAAGAGGACGAGGCAUCCGCGGCUGACUCGUCAAUAUCGUCCAACAGCACAUCCAGUGGAUCUUCAUGGUCGUCUAUCCUCGGCAGGAAGCGGAAACCUCGGCGGAGAUCUGUUUCAUCAUCACAUUUUCCCAUCGAAAAAAUCCCAAGUCUGGCUCAAGGAGGCCGAUCAAUUUCCGGCAAAGUCCAGUUGGUGUCAUUCGGCCCCUCUGGCACAAGAACUGUGUUGCCACCGAUACUGAAGGUCCUGGUCGAAGAUGGCUCAGGCAAGCCGCAGAGUUCUAGCUACCCCACAGAUACCCUUAGCCGUCAUUUGGGCAUGCAUGAUGGAGAAGAUGAGGAUGAAGAGGAGGAUGACUUCAGAAGAGCCAUGUUCAACUCGGAUGAGAUGGAAAUGGAUGGUGACGACGAAGCGGCGCGUCUCAGAGCUGACACACCAAUGCCUGGAGGAAUCGGGCUGGAUGACGAUGACGUGGAAAUGGAAGACAUGCAGUGCGCACAGGAGAUGAUCCCGGCCCCGAUAAUCUCGAUAAGCCUCGAUGACAUUGCUACCGACAACGCAGGAUUAUCUUUUGCUGGGAAAGGGAAAACAGCUUCGGAUUUACUGGCAAGCCAAGAAUACGAAAAGCAUCGUCAAGGUGUGGAAGACGACUUGCAGCAGCUCAAUGGUACCGCCAUACCAAUUUUCGAUAGCCUGGUAUACGACCCAACGGCUCUCAUGGAGCUACAGUCAAUUCCUCAUAUGAUCCCCGAACGUACUCCUUCCGGAGCCGCCGCUCUGCAGAUGCAUGCCAACGAAUCGUUGUCUAGCUCGCCAUCACUGCAGGAUAAUAGUGAUGUGGAGGCCCACGCAAAGAACACAGAUGUCAUGUUAGGAACGAACAGUAAUCCACAUGACCUCAUGCCUAUCCCAAUACUACGCCCGCCGUCAGAGGACGUCAAUAGGGCAGAUGCUAAUGCGCCGGCUUUGACAGAAGCAAUGCGCGGACCUAACUCCUCAGUGAUUGGGUCUAAGCUGGACCAUGCCGACCCAUCAAUAUCAGAUGGCUUGCGCCGAUCAUCCGCUACAAGUGGGGAAGCAAGCGACAUGUCGACGAACAAUAUGGAGAUAGAAAGAACCUCGGCCGUGCCUAAUACGGAAGCCUCGAUGGAACCGCGGACAGAGCCAUCUCAUACGAUCCGAGAUCAACAAGUGAGGUCCGCUAGUUUCUCAGCUGUCCCGAACUCUAUGUCAACGGGAACGUCAGUUAUGAUGGAUAACACACCAUUGGAAUACAAGCAUGCCAUGGUCAGACAGAUUAAAAUGAGUCCCAAGUUCUACAACGAAGCAGCUAUCCUGGACAUGGUGUGGAAAGUAAAUGCGGCAUCAAACUGGACCAAAGAACAGAAGCGUAUUGCACUCUCGGGGUGCCUUGUCCUUGCCAAGGGUCUGCGUCGAGUAGCGGUUGUCUCUGCCCUGGAAUCGCUGCGAAAUAAAUAAACUCAAAGACCUCU